AUGUCUCUACAAACAAGUAAUUUGAAUCGUAUUGUGGAAAUUCCACUAUCACAAAUUAGAAGACCCAUCGCACCAGUAUUAGAUUUUGGCAAGAUUGAUGCCAUGGUCUCUACCAUGGAAGGUAAACCCAUGGCAAGUGCCACUUGCAGUUUGGAACAGGCUGAGGAUUUUAAGGGCCAAUUACCUCCGGUUGACGUAUUAUGCAUUAGAGAGAAUGGUCAAACGUACUAUUUCGCAUUUGGUGGAUGCCACAGGUUCCAGGCCUAUGACAGAAAGGCAGCCAGCGAGCAAAGCGAUGUACUCGUUAGGGCUAAGCUGGUCCCUGCAACGAGACACCAACUAAAAUUGUACGUGGGAUCAAGUGUAGACGAAAUGUUCAGGUAA